GCGGCGGGGCGGCGGCGCCAUGAAGGAGGCGCUGGCGCUGCUGUGCCGCCUGCCGGCUCACGCCGACUCGCGCUGCUGGCACCUGGCCUGGAGCCCCGGCGGCACCUUGCUGGCGUCGUGCGGCGGCGACCGCGCCGUCCGCCUCUGGGGCAGGGAAGGGCCCGGCUGGGCCUGCCGCGCCGUGCUGGGCGAGGGCCACCAGCGCACGGUGCGCAAGGUGGCCUGGUCGCCCUGCGGCACCUACCUGGCCUCCGCCAGCUUCGACGCCACCACCUGCAUCUGGAAGAAGCAGCCCGACGGCUUCGAGUGCGUCACCACCUUGGAGGGGCACGAGAACGAGGUGAAGUCGGUGGCCUGGGCGCCGUCCGGCAACCUCCUGGCCACGUGCAGCCGCGACAAGAGCGUGUGGGUGUGGGAAGUGGAUGAAGAGGAGGAGUACGAGUGCGUGAGCGUCCUCAACUCCCACACGCAGGACGUCAAGCACGUGGUCUGGCACCCAAACCAGGAGCUGUUGGCCUCGGCCAGCUACGACGACACGGUGAAGCUCUACCACGAAGAGGAGGACGACUGGGUGUGCUGCGCCACGCUGGAGGGCCACGAGUCCACGGUGUGGAGCGUGGCUUUCGACCGCAGCGGCGAGCGCCUGGCUUCCUGCAGCGACGACAAGACGGUGCGCAUCUGGCGCCAGUACAAGCCGGGCAACGAGGAAGGGGUGGCCUGCAGCGGCACCGAUCCCACGUGGAAGUGUGUUUGCAACCUCUCGGGCUUCCACACGAGGACCAUCUACGACGUGGCGUGGUGCCACCUGACCGGGGCGCUGGCGACAGCCUGCGGCGACGACGCCAUCCGGGUGUUCGAGGAGAGCUCACCCGUGGCCUCGCAGCAGCCCACCUUCAGCCUGGCGGCCCACGUGCCCCGGGCGCACUCGCAGGACGUCAACUGCGUGGCCUGGAACCCCAAGGAGCCGGGCUUGCUGGCCUCCUGCAGCGACGACGGGGAGAUCGCCUUCUGGAAGUACCAGCGGCCCGAGGUGUGCUGAGCUGCUCGCCCCCAUGCCUCCUUGCGCUGGCACGCGUGCCCCUGGACUCCUGCCCUAAGCUCAAUAAACCUGCGCUGUCCUGGUA